AUGGACAUUUUGAAGACGAAUCCUGUUUAUCUCGGUGGUGCGCUCGUAUGCAUCGCACUGGCUGCGUACGUCUAUGCCGGGCUCACAAACCCGUUGUCGAAUAUUCCUGGGCCAUGGUACACCAGGUUCACAACACUGCCAUCGACAUUCAAGGUCAUCACAGCACACCACCCCGAUUGGAUCCACGAUCUACACGCCAAGUACGGGCCGGUGGUGCGGUACAGUCCACACGAGGUCGAUAUUUCUGAUCCACCAACAUGCCAGCGGAUUCACAGCGUGAAGACCGGAUUCUUCAAGUCGCCAUUCUACUCACUUCUCAUCACGGAUUCCUCUAGCGUGUUCAACGAGAUACGCCCAGAGAUCCACCGCAAGUACAAGCGUUUGUUGUCGAAUCCCAUGUCAGAGACUGGCUUGAAGACGUUCCUCCCUCGCAUCGACAGUAAGGUCCGCUUGGCUAUUGAGCGCAUCCGUGACGAAAACAAGGUUCGAGGUGCAGCCGACAUUGCGAAGUGGUUUAUGUUCCUCUCGUUUGAUGUUAUCGGUGAUCUAGCCUUUGGAGAGUCCUUCGGCAAUUUGGAAAGCGGCAAGAAGAACCGAUCUGUCAACGACUUCGUCAGUCUCGGUUUCGUCGGCGGAUUACGGUCCAUGUUCCCCACAAUCGCCCAAAUCUCUCUCUACCUUCCGAUUCCAGUCUUCAAAGAAGCCACCGCAAUCCAAUACCGUACUUUUGACUACGCUCAGGGUGCCCUAGACCGCCACGCUAAGCGCGUCGAAGAGACUGGAUCAGAUCCCCACCCGACAGUCUUCUCCAAGCUCUACAACGCCGGCGAAGAAGAGACCUGGAACCCGAUCGAGAUCCGCGACAACGCGCAGGUCUUCAUCGUGGGUGGCAGCGACACGACCGCCAACUCGAUGAUCUACCUCGUCUGGGCAGUGUGCAAGAUUCCCGAGAUCAAAGCCAAGCUCAUGAAAGAGCUGGAUGCUCUUCCGGACAACUACACAUACGAUCAGUUGAAGGAGCUGACGUAUGUGAACUGGAUUGUAAAUGAGACACUACGGCUUUACACCGCUCUGCCGUGUGGGCUUCCAAGAAUUGUACCCCCUGGCGGCGCGGAGCUUGCGGGACAAUUUAUUCCCGAAGGAUUCACUGUUACAACGCAGGCGUACAGUCUUCACCGGGACGAACAUGCAUUCCCUGACCCCUAUAGAUUCUAUCCCGAGAGGUGGGAGAAUACCACGCAGGAGAUGAAGGAUUGCACCAUGCCCUUUGGCGGUGGUGCCCGAACUUGCUUGGGAAGGCAUUUGGCUCGUAUAGAGCUCCGGCUCAUCACUGCCAGGUUUUUCAAGGCUUUCCCGAAAGCAGUUGUGUCCAAUCUCGAAGGCAUGUGCGACAAGGAUAUGGAGCCAGCGUUGCAUUUCCUGAUGGUUCCCAGCGGUCAUCGAUGCUUGAUUAAGCUCGAUGGCUAA